CUUUACUUUAUCUCUCCCCUCUCACGUCCACGGGAAAAAAAAAAAAAAAACACUAACCUUUUCCUUCUCUCUCUCUAUAAGUGUCAUUUUCUCAGUUACACUUCUCCCAAACAAGUAAAAAAGAAAACUCAUCUUCCACAAUUUCCCAUCUCUCCAAUCUCUCUCAAUUCAUCCUUCUUAUUUGAACAAGACCCAGAAAUUCCACCAGAAAAUCCACCAUCCAAAUCAUCAAAACUACCCCAAAAGGCUCAUCCGGUGACUGAGCGAGGUAGAAGACUACUACAAAAACGACAAAGACAACGACAAGGACAACAACUAAUACUACUACUUGUACAAGGAGAAGAGAAGGAAUCUAUCCAUUGGCAGGGCUAGUUAUAGGUGAUGGAGCUAUUUCCGCCACAACCGGACUUAUCGCUUCAAAUCAGCCCUCCAAACAACAAAGAUGAAGAGAUGGGUUUGGGUUUUUGGAAGAGAGCUUUGGACACCAACAGCAACAUCGGAUCAACAGCCAAAGCCAAACAAGACACUCGCUUCGAUCUUUUCUUGGCAAAUCCGAUAGUAGCAGAAUCAAAUUACGGUACUGACACCCUUCAUCUCCAACAUGGUCAUACUCAAACAAACCAUCAUCACCAUCUACAACAUGGGCACGACCGUAAUCAAUAUUACCACCAUCAUCAUCGUAGUCAUCAUGAGCUGGAUUAUCUGAGGCCUAUAAGAGGAAUUCCAGUCUAUCAGAGCACUCCAUCCUUCUCUUUUACUCAACAAAAGCCAUCUGAUUCUUCAACUCCCACUAAUGCUAAUACAUCUGCUGCUGGUGCUGCUACCUCAACAUCUUUCCCAUCUCAAAGCAUCAUGAGGUCGAGAUUCCUAACAAGGUCCCCGGCAAAGCGAAGCAUGAGGGCCCCACGGAUGAGGUGGACCACCAACCUCCAUGCUCGGUUCGUCCACGCCGUCAACUUAUUGGGUGGCCAUGAAAGGGCUACACCCAAAUCGGUUCUUGAGCUCAUGGAUGUAAAAGAUCUCACCUUAGCUCAUGUGAAAUCCCAUUUACAGAUGUAUCGGACCGUGAAGACCACUGAUCGGCCGAACGCUUCUCCAGGACGAUCAGACGGAUUUGAAAAUGGGUCUGCCGGAGAAAUCUCCGACGACCCCUUGUUCGACCUCCAGAUUACUCAAGGACCCGAGCAAGCUGUCCAACAAGGUGGGCUGGCUGUUAAUCAUAGCAACGACUAUUGCAACCCUAUGAUCAAUUCCUUGAGUAGGGAAGUCUCGAUGCGUGAGAAAACAAGGGAUUCCGGAGGAGGUGUGCUCUCUUUUGAGAAGGAGAUGGACCUAAAAGGCACGAGCUAUGACAGAAUAUCAGAUGUGAAGGCAUCAAGCCCCAAGAGGCCCAAUCUGGAGUUUACCUUGGGCAGGUCGCAUUGAUCAAGGCCACUGAUUCUCUGAAGUCAUGUGAUGAGAAUCUGGGACCCACUUAAAAUUAGCUAGAGAGAGAGAGAGAGAGAGAGAGAGAGAGAGAGAGAUGUGAAAAAACAUGUCCACAGAAAGCUGUGAGAGCCCAAGCAUAAUAUAUUAUAGGUAAAUACGAAUGAAAUCUAAAUUACUUUUGAAAAAGUUGCA